AUGGCCUUCGCUGUACCCGCCCUCGGCUCAACGAUCUUCUCGCGAUUUUUCCGCUCCUUCUCCACCACCUCUCCAACUCUUUCGCUGACACCUGCGGAAUCUUCGGCAUCCCGGAAUAUGGCGAGCGCAACAAUACAGACGGCAACCGUCGCUGCGGGCUGCUUUUGGGGUGUAGAACACCUCUUCCGCAAGGAGUUUGGGCAAGGAAAGGGGCUUUUGGAGGCCAAGGUUGGCUACUGCGGGGGGGACACGACGUCCCCCUCAUAUCCGGCUGUUUGCACCGGAGAUACGGGGCACGCCGAAGCUCUCCAGAUAACAUUCGACCCGUCGCUCGUGAGCUACCGCUCGCUGCUAGAAUUCUUCUACCGCAUGCACGACCCCACGACCAAGAACCGGCAGGGCCCGGAUAUCGGGACGCAGUACCGCAGCGCUAUUUUCACGCACGGCGACGAGCAGCACCGGAUUGCCGAGACGAUCACGGACAAAGUGAGCAAGGAGUGGUAUAAGCAGGCUCUUUCGACGGAAAUUAUCCCUACGGGCCAGUGGUGGGAUGCGGAGGAGUACCACCAGCUUUACUUGCAUAAGAAUCCGACUGGAUAUGAGUGCCCUGCGCACUUUGUUAGAAGUUUCCCGCCGCUUUCUGAAUGA